GCUAUAAACCCAUCUAUAGCUGAAAGAGAGAAGAAAAAAAAACUUUGUCAAACAUGACACGGGAAGAUGAAUUAGACCCAGAAAACCUCGCAAAGGCUGAAAUCUUUAGCCACUUAGUCACACAAGUAGGAUAAUUCAUCCGUUCAAACGGUUCGGAGUCGAUACCGCUUUAGUUACUCAGUCAUUUCCAAUUCAGCCUGUUGGAGUGUGUGUUUUCCUCGCAGGCUUAAAUGUCCUGGUUAGUAAAGUAGUUAGCUGGCGGAUCAGUAUUUGUUUUACGAGUUCUUUCAUUUGGAUUAGACAUGUCAAAUCUGACUUUUAACAGCGAAUAUAUUUACAAUUUACCCGCGGCUGCUGUUCACGAGUUUACCCGUGUUAUGGAUUCACUCCCGGAUUUCGACUGGCAGAGAUUUGCUUCCCGAGUAAUAUGUGACCAGACAGAGCUUCGGCUCGUGGAGCAGAGCAGCAGGCGGACGGAAACACUAAUGCACAAGUGGGGGUGCAGGAACGGGACGGUCGGAGAUCUCCUAGCUAUCCUGCAAGAACUGGAGCUGUUAAGACCUCUGGAUAUCAUUCUUAAAUGGCGGCGUGUUUCACAGCCCAGCCCCGUCUCGACCUCCUCCAAUUCCUUGCCACCACAGAACCUCAGCCGCAGCAGCUCACCAUUGUCAUCAUUAUUUACCCCUGUUAAAGAUGCCACCCGCUCCCUUCCUAUUAUAGAGAGCAAGCUGCGAUCCAAACCUGGACCUCCGCCCCCUGAUCUGAACAGAACCUGUUCCUGUACACUGUCAACUGUUUUAUGCAAAGAAAAGAAAGAAGAGUGUCCUUGCGAUAGCAAUUAUACGCCUCUGUUCACGGCGGCCAUGUGCUGGGAAUUCGAGGAAGUGCAGCGAGGGACGGAUAAUUUCUCCACCGCCAGGCAGAUCGGAGAGGGAGGCUUCGGCCACGUGUAUCGCGCCUCCAUGAGGAACACAGAGUUUGCUGUGAAGAGGCUCAAAGAGCAGGAUUCCCAUAUGGGUUGGAGCGUGGUGAAGGAAAGUUUUCGGACCGAGGUGGAAAGACUCUCGCAAUAUAGACACCCUAACAUAAUGGACCUGAUCGGUUACAGUGUAGGAGGUGGUGCCUACUGCCUUAUCUACGGGUACAUGCCCAGCGGGUCUCUGGAAGACCGGUUGUGCUGCGAGAAUGGCUCUGCCCUCUCCUGGUCACAGCGUGUAAAAGUGGUGGUGGGUUCAGCACAAGCUAUUCAGUACCUUCAUUCCUCCUCUCCGGCGCUCAUCCACGGAGACGUCAAAAGCUCCAACAUUCUCUUAGGGGAACAUCUGGAGCCGAAGUUGGGGGACUUCGGUCUGGCACGGUUGUGUCGUUGCCCCAGCAGAACCCCGGGGAGGACGAGCAGCGUGGCUCAGACCUCUACGGUGCGCGGCACCCUGGCGUACCUCCCCGACGAGUACCUGAAAGACGGCCAGCUGGGCAUGGAGAUCGACGUUUACAGCUUCGGAGUGGUGUUGCUGGAGGUGCUGACGGGCCGAAGAGCUUUAGAAACCAGCAGCAAGUCGAAGAACGUUUACCUGAAAGACCUGGUGUCCGACCUGGAGGACGACGGGAGAAGUUACAGCAGAAAGAAGGACACUCGAGAGCUUUCUGGUUCACAGGCAGCAGAGAACAUCUGGAAGAACCAUCUGGAUCGUAGCCUGACGUUGGAAGGAACGUCUGGGCCGCGCGGGGCAAAAGAAAUCGCUCAGCUGGCGUGUCGCUGCUUAGACCGCCGGAGAAAGAAGCGGCCUCCGAUGACCGAGGUCUUCAGAUCACUCCAGGAAGUGCAUACGAGCUUGGAGGCAUGGCACAGUACCGUCACAAGCAGAACGUCUCCUCCUCUUCCUCCUCUUCCUCUUCUGUCUGGCCCGAAGCCCCUACGCUCCGAUAACUCCGUGGACUCUCUCGCGCAUCAGUUCUCAAAGCUCGGCCCUCAGGAGAACACGUUCUGCUGCUCGCACCACUACAGCUGCCCGACUCCUUAUUCCCCAGAGACUUGUUCGGAGGAGUCGGGAAGGAGAGAAGGAUCAUGGGACGGUCGCUGUUCCUUCGUCCGUACGCCGUGCGAAUCAGAUGACAGAGUUGUUAUUAAUCCUGUCAGACAGCACUUAGUUGAGAAAAUGGCACUUUACGAGGAAGGUCGAAUCCUGACUUCAGACCUCUUCUCUUCUGCCGGGCCUCCAAACGGAUCGACGAACGCGCACCCGCGGGAACCAGAGGAGAGCGACGAGUUUGCUAGCAGUGUAGCCUAGACCGCUCAAACUCAUUUCUACUGACUAAUUCCAACAUUCGAGAGGAACCCAAGCGGAGGCGCUCAGCUGGUCGGGAUUUCCCAACACCAAAUGUUCUCAACACCAAAAUACACACACGUACCUUUUUAUACAUAUAUGUUACAUUUUUAAAACAUUGGAUGGACAUUUCCUAAAUAAACUGUGCUGCCAAACGACUGGACCGUGCCUCCUGUAUGACUCUGGACAUAAACGGACGUGGAGGCGUGGGGUGGGGGAUUCAAAGGGACAAUGGACAAAUACCUUAAUAUUCUUUUGAUUCCUGGACAGAAAUCACAACGGUUUCAUCCUUCUGUCUGAAAGUAGACGCUGGUUCAGGAUAGGACGAGUCGGACCGGAAAAAAAAAUCCAAGAGAUGUUGAAAUUUCUGGAAAGGCAAGAGUUUUUAAAGCCAGACUUGCUCUUGGGCUCGUUUUGUCAGACUUUAUACUGUGACUAGACAUUUUGUACAGAUUAAAAACAUGCAUCUGUCUCAUUUA